CUUACUUUUGCUCGUGUUUAUCCCUUGAGAUUCCUGUCGAUGCGGUGAAGCUGUUGUCUGUCUUGGGAGCCCACUCAACCUCUGGCAGUGUCUCUUCUCUUUGGCGGCCAAGGGUGCACCAUGGCGUCCUCCACUCGAGUCCUCCGACAGGCCAGUGGUCUUCUGCUGCGAGACUGCGCACCUAAACCAUGUCCCUCUCACCGAGCUUUCUCGAUCCGUACUCGCAUUGCGCCAAUUGCGACCAGACAACACCUUCUGAGCCCCAAGACACCCUCAUGGCAGCAGGUCAGAAAGUUUACCCGAUCUACAAAGCGGUAUGCAGCGGUCGACAGCGCUCCCCGCCCCGAGGCCUACCUCGAGAGUGGUGCGGUUGAGCCAGGAAAAAAUUUGGUGGGCGUGUCUAAGGUGAUCGUGAUUGGGAGUGGUGGUCUUAGCAUUGGACAAGCAGGAGAGUUUGACUACUCAGGCUCUCAAGCUCUCAAGGCUCUCAAAGAAGCUGGUGUGAAAUCCGUCCUUAUCAACCCGAACAUUGCGACCAUUCAGACCGACCACAAACUCGCAGACGAGGUCUACUACCUACCCGUCACGCCCGAGUAUGUUACAUAUGUGAUCGAGAGAGAAAAGCCCGAUGGUAUCCUCCUCACCUUUGGUGGCCAGACUGGUCUCAAUCUGGGUGUACAGAUGAACAGGAUGGGUAUCUUUGAACGAUAUGGAGUCAAAGUACUCGGGACUAGUAUUCGCACAUUGGAAGUCAGUGAGGAUCGAGACUUGUUCGCCAAAGCAUUGAACGAGAUCAACAUCCCUAUCGCGCAGUCAAUUGCUGUCGGCACUGUGGACGAAGCUUUGGACGCCGCGGAGAAAGUUGGUUAUCCUAUCAUUGUCCGAUCUGCGUACGCUUUGGGUGGUCUCGGGUCUGGCUUUGCCGGAAACCGAGAAGAAUUGAGCAAUCUUGCCUCGCGAUCCUUGUCUCUUUCCCCUCAGAUCCUGGUGGAAAAGUCGCUCAAAGGAUGGAAAGAGGUUGAGUACGAAGUCGUCCGUGAUGCCGAGGACAACUGCAUCACAGUCUGCAACAUGGAGAACUUUGAUCCCCUGGGAAUCCACACUGGUGACAGUAUUGUGGUGGCUCCCAGCCAGACCUUGAGCGAUGAGGAAUAUCACAUGCUCCGAACUGCAGCCAUCAAAAUCGUUCGACAUCUUGGUGUGGUUGGCGAGUGCAACGUUCAGUAUGCCCUGCAACCAGAUGGACUCGACUAUCGUGUCAUCGAGGUCAACGCCCGUCUUUCUCGAUCCUCUGCCUUGGCCUCCAAAGCCACUGGAUAUCCUCUCGCCUACACUGCAGCAAAGAUCGGCCUUGGGCACACACUGCCUGAGCUGCCAAACGCCGUGACCAAGACGACAACGGCGAAUUUCGAGCCCAGUCUAGACUAUAUUGUUGUCAAAAUCCCUCGUUGGGAUUUGUCAAAGUUUCAACAUGUCAAGCGCGAUAUCGGUAGCGCCAUGAAAUCGGUCGGAGAAGUCAUGGCCAUCGGUCGCACGUUCGAAGAGUCUUUCCAGAAAGCCAUCCGUCAGGUCGACCCUAGAUACGUCGGCUUUCAGGGUGACAAGUUCGAAGAUCUCGACGAUACGCUACGAAACCCUACUGACCGACGAUGGCUAGCUGUGGGUCAGGCCAUGAUCCACGAGAACUACUCCGUCGAGAAGAUCCACGAUCUGACCAAGAUCGACAAGUGGUUCCUCCACAAGCUACAGAACCUGAAAGACACCAUGAUCGAGAUCCAAGAAAUUGGGUCUCUGGCUGAAAUCAAGCACGAGCUCAUGCUCAAGGCGAAGAGGCAAGGUUUCUCCGACAAGCAGAUUGGCAUGUACACCAAGUCUACCGAGGGCGAGGUUCGAGCUCGGCGACAAGGCUUUGGUAUCAGGCCGUGGGUCAAGAAGAUCGAUACUCUUGCCGCCGAGUUCCCUGCAGACACGAACUAUCUAUACACCACUUACAACGCAUCUUCUCAUGACGUUACCUUCGAUGAUCAUGGUACGAUCAUCCUCGGCUCUGGUGUUUAUCGUAUUGGUUCGUCGGUUGAGUUCGAUUGGUGUGCUGUAAAUGCCACUCUAGCACUCCGGAAUAUGGGUCACAAGACCGUCAUGAUCAACAUGAACCCAGAGACGUACAGCACCGAUUUCGAUACGGCAGACAAGCUCUACUUUGAAGAGUUGUCAUAUGAGCGUGUUAUGGAUAUCUACGAAAUGGAGGGUGCAACAGGCGUUGUGGUCAGUGUGGGCGGUCAGCUGCCCCAAAACAUCGCACUCCGACUCCAAGAGGAAGGCCACGCGAAGGUUCUCGGUACGGAUCCCAAGGACAUUGACAAGGCUGAAGAUCGCCACAAAUUUUCCCAGAUCCUUGACUCGAUUGGAGUGGAUCAACCUGCGUGGAAAGAGCUUACUUCUGUUGACGAGGCUGAAGCAUUUGCUGAUUCUGUUGGUUAUCCCGUCCUGGUCCGACCUUCUUACGUUCUGUCCGGUGCUGCUAUGUCGGUCAUCCACUCGCAAGCCGAGCUAAAGGACAAGUUGGAGUCUGCCUCCGCUGUUUCUCCAGAUCACCCCGUAGUCAUCACCAAAUUUAUUGACGGAGCACAAGAAAUUGACGUGGAUGCCGUGGCAUCUAAGGGAGAACUCAUUCUGCACGCCGUGUCGGAACACAUCGAAAAUGCAGGUGUUCACUCGGGUGACGCCACCCUGGUCCUACCCCCUGUCAAUCUCGAAGCUAGCGUGAUGAGUCGAGUCAAGCAGAUUGCUGAGAAAGUCGCUAAGGCAUGGAACAUCACUGGUCCUUUCAACAUGCAGAUCAUCAAGGCCGAUGUGCCCGGCGAAGAACCAGCUCUCAAGGUCAUCGAAUGCAAUCUCCGAGCCUCUCGAUCUUUCCCGUUCGUCAGCAAGGUUCUCGGUACCAACUUCAUUGAUACAGCUACAAAGGCCUUGGUGGACAACGAUGUUCCCGAGCCUCGUGAUCUUAUGGCGGAGAAACGUGACUACGUAGCCACCAAGGUUCCGCAAUUCUCGUGGACUCGCCUGGCCGGUGCAGACCCUUUCUUGGGCGUCGAGAUGAGCAGUACCGGUGAGAUCGCCUGCUUCGGUCAAGACCUCGUUGAGGCAUACUGGGCAUCCCUGCAGUCGACAAUGAAUUUCCGAAUGCCGGAGCCUGGCGAGGGUAUCCUUCUCGGUGGAUCCACUGAGCUGCCCGAGCUGCCAAAGAUUGUUGAAUACCUCAGACCUCUCGGAUACAACUUUCUUGCUGCCAGCAACGAGGUGAAGCAGCAUCUCUCAAAAUCAGGAGUGUCGAUCGAGGUGAUUGAAUUCCCAAAGACGGAUAAGAACGAGCUACGAAAGGUCUUCCAGAAAUACAACAUCAGGGGUGUUUUCAAUCUGGCAAAGAAUAGGGGUAAGACAUUAGUUGACGAAGACUACGUUAUGAGGCGGAAUGCUGUUGACUUUGGAGUACCACUGUUCAUGGAACCAAAGACUGCUUUGUUGUUUGCUCAAUGCAUGAACGCGAAACUGCCCCGAAAGGACGGUAUUCCGGCAGAAGUCAAGAGCUGGAGCGAAUUUGCUGGUACUAAGAUGAUGUAAUAGCAAGAUGAUGGAUGGAUGGUAGAAAGGAGCUUAGAUUGGGAUCAAGGACGGGUGGUUAUUGAUUGAAUGCAGCGUUUGCGCGAUUGAAAGAGGUCUCUCUUCUUCAUUUCAGACACCAAAAAGUUUUAGACGAGGCUGACCUGGGAUGGUCAGCAAGAUAAAUCUUUCAGGGGGGGGUCUGUUGAAUCAAGUCGGCACAUUUGGCGCAGGAAAGUGUCGAGAUAUGGACUCUCUGUACCUAGCUAGGUCAUUUAGGAUAUAGCAAGCAGGAGAAUGGGCCCGCACUGAGUUCAAUCUUCA